AUGUGUCAGAAGCCAAAAGAAAAGGUUAAUUGCCAGUAUUGUAACUUGCCCUUUAACACACGCAGUAUCGGAGCACACCAAACUUCUUGCCGACGAAAGCAUGAGAAUGACUUGAGUGACAAGGCUUAUGAAAAGAAGUUGAGAAAGCAAGAGAAGAGGAGUGAACGGGAUGGGCUUAUUUUGCGUGGGAGAGAGACAAUCAUGCAAACAAGUCAUCAACUAUUGGAUAUUGAAGCUCUGAAUCAGCCAGACGAAAGCUCAGGAUCUAGAUCAGUCAUGGUCACAGGCAUUGACAGUGAACCUGCUCCUAUAGAAAUUGAAGAUAGUCCUCCUUUAUUUAGCACAGUUGGCAACCCAGAGCCUUGUAUGUCAUACUCUAUUAUAUCUUGGUAUCACUAA